AGUUUUAAGCAUAACACGAGAUUUGGAACAAAAUAAUAUACAGCACGAGACAUCCGGCGCCGAAAUGAUUUUCUUCUCCGUCUGAAAACAGGCGUAGACUGCGUUCCACCGCCUCAGUUGCAGGAAUCAAAACGAAACCCUAGCUUACUGCAUAUUCCGAUAGAUUGCAAUUAUCCAGAGAAAACCCAAUUGCAAUUGGCGAAGAAGAGCAGCCAAACCCUAAGUAAACAAUCAGUAAAGUCCGUGUCCGUACAGGUAACACACAAUGGGAAAGAAGCAGCACAGCAAAGAUCGAAUGUUCAUCACCAAAACGGAGUGGGCCACCGAAUGGGGCGGCGCCAAAGCCCAGCCCACCUCCACUCCUUUCAAGCGCCUCCCCUUCUAUUGCUGCGCGCUUACGUUUACGCCAUUUGAAGACCCAGUGUGCACCGCAGACGGCAGCGUUUUUGAUAUACUGAAUAUAAUUCCAUAUAUCAGAAAGUAUGGGAAGCAUCCUGUUACCGGAGCUCCGCUGAAGCAGGAGAAUCUCAUACCGCUAACGUUCCACAAGAAUUCUGAUGGAGAGUUUCAGUGCCCUGUUUUGAACAAAGUUUUCACUGAAUUUACACACAUAGUUGCUGUGAAGACAACAGGAAAUGUCUUCUCCUAUGAGGCAGUUAAAGAACUAAACAUCAAGACCAAGAAUUGGAAGGAGCUCCUCACAGAUGAACCAUUUUCUAAGGAAGACCUGAUAACCAUUCAGAAUCCCAAUGCACUUGACAGCAAGGUUCUAGUGGAGUUCGAUCAUGUUAAAAAUAGUCUGAAAAUUGAUGAUGAAGAUUUUAAGAGAAUGAGUGCAGACCCCACCUUUAACAUUAAUGUAAAUGGAGAUAUCAAGCAGAUGCUCAAAGAGCUUGGAACUGAAAAAGGAAGGCUAGCUGCACUGCAUGGAGGAGGUGGCAGCAAGGCACAAAAUGAACGGGCUGCUGCACUUGAAGCCAUUUUAGCUGCAAGAACGCGUAUUAAAGAGGAUCCGAAAUCAAAAUCAAAUGGGGAGGUGAAAGCUCAGGCAUAUAGUAUUGUGGAUGCUGCUUCUGCUUCUGUGCAUGGAAGAAGUGCUGCUGCCGCCAGAGCCACAUCAAGUGACAAAACUGCUGCUCGAAUUGCUAUGCACAAGGCUGGUGAGAGGGCACCAGUGAAUGCAAAGAUGGUAAAGAGCAGAUUCACCACGGGUGCUGCUUCCAGAUCUUUCACUUCUACCGCCUUUACUCCUGUUACUGAAAAUGAAUUUGAAUAUGUCAAAGUUGAGAAGAAUCCAAAAAAGAAAGGAUAUGUACAACUACACACAACACAUGGUGAUUUGAACAUUGAGCUACACUGUGAUAUUGCCCCCAGAGCUUGCGAGAACUUCAUCACUCUUUGUGAACGUGGCUAUUAUAACGGAGUAGGUUUUCAUAGAAGCAUUAGGAAUUUUAUGAUUCAAGGUGGUGAUCCUACUGGUACUGGGACAGGAGGGGAAUCUAUAUGGGGAAAGCCUUUUAAUGAUGAAGUGAACUCCAAGUUACUGCACUCUGGAAGGGGUGUUGUUAGUAUGGCUAACAGUGGGCCACACACUAAUGGCUCCCAAUUUUUCAUCCUUUACAAAUCUGCAAAUCAUUUGAACUACAAGCAUACGGUUUUCGGUGGAGUUGUCGGUGGCUUGACCACAUUGGCAGUAAUGGAAAAGGUUCCUGUUGAUGAUAAUGACCGACCUUUGGAGGAAAUUAAGAUAACAAGUGUCACAAUUUUUGUCAAUCCUUACACAGAGCCUGAUGAAGAAGAAGAAAAGGCCAAAGCUGAAGAGAAAGCUCAGGAUGAAGAUAAUGACAAGGUUGGGUCAUGGUUUAGCAAUCCUGGUACGGGAGUGGAAUCUGGCCUUGGUGGUGGUGGUGGUGUUGGGAAGUAUUUGAAAGCAAGGAGUGCUCUACCUGAACCGGCUGCUGUUGGUGCUGGUCUGACAGAGCUUCCUUCAACAAAGAAAAGAAAAUCAGGAGUUUCCGCGUCCAAUUUUAAUGAUUUUUCUUCAUGGUAGUUGGUAAAUUUCCCUAAUGUUGUAUUGUACCGUAUGUAGAUAUUGUUUUGGAAGAGUAGACCGAGCAUUGUAACCUAUUCUUUUGAAGGUAUAAAAAGAGCAGAUCGAACGUCCGGGGGAUAAACAUUGCUUAUGAUUCUACUUGAAAUUAACAAUAACAGAAGUUUUCAAUUAAAAUAGCAGAAGUUUUCAAUC